AUUGGAGAAACCGCCUGGGGAUUUUUUUUUUCCGGGUUAGUCCGCCGUGGAGGCGGGGUCAUUUCUUCGGGAUUAUUUUUUUUCCGGAGCCGCUUCUGAUUGGGCGGUGUGGUACAAUGCUCGCGACUCUUUAGACACCAAACUGUCGGGUGAUCUGACCCUUUCCUCGCCAAGCUGGUUCCAGUAAACCGAAACCCAGGAGACUUCCGGGCUUGAGCGUGUGCAGAGGGCUAGUGGCCGCGACGCCCGGUGGGCUUGCAACGGGAGUGCUUAUACGCACUCGCCUAUGAGUGGGGGUGCCCGAGCCUUGUUCACCUCGGUUUCUUAGCUUGUACCACCCACGCCAAUAAGUGCUUGUUGAAUAAGGACAAAUAAAGAGCUGGAGUAGACGCAAGCUUCUUGAUUUCUUUUAGCCGUAGUCCACGCCUACUCCCUUGUACUUCCAGUUUCCUGCACUUCAGGAGAUUGAAAAACUGCAGAGAGGAGAGGUGUGGCUCUAGUGAAAACAAGCAAAGCUCAUGUCCCAAGGUGGGCGGGGGGGCUCCUGUCUUCCUCAGUCGGCUACCAAAAUCAGUUAUUUUGCUCCCAACCCCAGAGUUUCAGUUGCUCUUUUACUUCCCAAUUCCGCAAGAGCACUAGACGACAAAGAGUUAUGGAGAAGCGCCUGCAGGAGGCUCAGCUGUACAAGGAGGAAGGGAACCAGCGUUACCGGGAAGGGAAGUACCGAGAUGCUGUGAGUAGGUACCAUCGAGCUCUGCUUCAGCUGCGGGGUCUGGAUCCAAGUCUGCCCUCUCCGAUAUCUAACUUAGGUCCUCAGGGCCCGGCUCUCACACCUGAACAAGAAAACAUACUGCAAACCACCCAGACAGACUGCUACAACAAUCUAGCUGCUUGUCUCCUUCAGAUGGAGCCAGUGAACUACGAACGAGUGAGAGAAUACAGUCAGAAAGUCCUGGAACGACAGCCUGAUAAUGCCAAGGCCUUAUAUCGGGCUGGAGUAGCCUUUUUCCAUCUGCAGGACUAUGACCAAGCUCGACAUUACCUCCUAGAAGCUGUCAACAGGCAGCCUAAAGAUGCCAAUGUCAGACGGUACCUCCAGCUGACACAGUCUGAACUCAGCAGCUACCAUAGGAAAGAGAAGCAGCUCUACCUGGGCAUGUUUGGUUAACAAAGAAGAAAGAUGCUCCUUCUCUUGAAUUUAGAUGGACUGUUAAAAUCUAAUCAAGGGGAAACCUGAGCCUCAGUAAGAGAAAUUAACCCUAUACCUCCAACCCAGGUGGAUUUCUGUUUUGUUUCCAUUUCCACAAGCUCUGUACUACUUACACAGUCUGUGUCUUUUUUUUGUCUGUCAAUCUGUAUCUUAGUGUAGCCUUCAAUACAUGUUAUUGUUGGGGAUAUUUGCCUUGAGAAAUACAAUCAGAAAAUAU